AUGCAGGCGGAGAAGAAGGAAGCCCCAGCCUUGCCCAGCGCCUUCAAGCCCGGCGCCAAGGAUGUCUUCAUGGGCGCCAGACUCGGCGAGGGCAACGACGACGUCCUGCUGGAGAAGGUGUCUCCGGCUCUGCCCAGCGCCUUCAAGCCCGGUGGCAAGGACGCCUUCAUGGGUGCCCGGCUGGGCGAAGGCAACGACGACGUCUUGCUGGAGGAGGAGGCGCCGCCUUUCACGACGAAGUCGGGCCCGACGCCCUACUGGAUGAAGGAGGCGAACGAGACGCUUGGCAUCCCGAACGAGGGAGAUCUGUUCGAGUAUUGCGACCUGGACUUUUCCGACUGA